AUGAGGCCUGCAGCCUUAUUGUCUCUACUUCUCGCCGCCGUUCGCCUUCUCUUCUCUCCGGCGCUCGCCUCCGAGUCCGAUCACAAGUAUCAACCUGAUGACCCUGUCACCUUGUGGGUGAAUAAAGUAGGGCCAUACAAUAACCCACAAGAAACAUACAAUUAUUAUAGCCUUCCCUUUUGUCAUUCACCGGUUAAUGCUGCUCACAAAUGGGGCGGUCUUGGUGAGGUAUUGGGUGGAAAUGAGCUUAUUGAUAGUCUGAUUGACAUAAAAUUCCAAAAACCUGUGGACAAGACUACCAUUUGUGAACUUGAGCUUGACGAAACAAAAGUCAAACAAUUCAAGAAUGCCAUUGAAAAUAGUUACUGGUUUGAAUUCUUCAUGGAUGAUCUGCCUUUAUGGGGCUUUGUUGGUGAGAUGCAUCUCGACAGGAAUAGUGACAACAAGCACAUGCUUUACAGGCAUAAGAGCAUCACUGUGAAAUACAACAAAGAUCAAAUCAUUCAUGUCAACCUCACCCAAUACAACCCAAAACUAUUGGAACUGGGAACAACAUUGGACAUGACAUAUUCCGUGAAAUGGAUCCCUACAGAUGUCUCUUUUGCACGUCGUUUUGAUGUUUACCUGGACCACCCAUUUUUUGAGCAUCAGAUUCAUUGGUUCUCGAUUUUCAAUUCCUUCAUGAUGGUUAUAUUCCUUACCGGUCUGGUGUCGAUGAUAUUGAUGCGCACUUUAAGGAAUGAUUAUGCUAAAUACGCUCGUGAUGAUGAUGAUCUAGAAGCCCUGGAAAGAGAUGUCAGUGAAGAGUCUGGUUGGAAACUUAUUCAUGGAGACGUAUUUCGGCCUCCCCGAAGUUUAGUUUUACUCUCUGCUCUAGUUGGCACUGGCGCACAAUUAGCAUUGCUAGUCCUCCUCGUUGUGUUAUAUGCUAUUGUUGGAAUGUUGUAUAUCGGGAGAGGAGCUAUUGUCACUACUUUCAUAGUAUGUUAUGCUUUGACAUCAUUCAUCUCAGGCUAUGUCAGUGGUGGAAUGUAUGCGCGCCAUGGUGGUAAAAACUGGGUUAAAUCAAUGAUCCUCACUGCUUCACUUUUCCCUUUCCUGUGCUUUGGGAUUGGCUUCAUUCUGAACACAGUUGCCAUAUUUUAUGGGUCUCUAGCAGCCAUACCCUUCGGCACGAUGGUCGUGGUCUUUGUCAUCUGGGCAUUUAUCUCUUUCCCCUUGGCACUUCUCGGUACAAUUAUUGGAAGAAACUGGAGUGGUGCUCCAAACAAUCCGUGCCGUGUAAAGACCAUUCCACGGCCGAUUCCUGAGAAGAAGUGGUACCUGACACCAUCAGUGGUUUCUAUGAUGGGAGGGUUGCUUCCCUUUGGCAGCAUAUUCAUUGAGAUGUAUUUUGUUUUCACUUCAUUCUGGAACUACAAGGUCUACUACGUAUAUGGCUUUAUGCUUCUGGUUUUCCUGAUUCUGAUUAUUGUUACUGUCUCUGUGACAAUUGUGGCAACGUAUUUCCUUCUAAAUGCUGAGAAUUAUCACUGGCAAUGGACUUCGUUCUUGUCCGCUGCCUCGACAACUGUCUACGUCUACUUGUACUCGAUAUAUUACUACUACGCGAAGACAAAGAUGUCAGGGUUCUUCCAGACUAGCUUUUACUUUGGUUAUACACUGAUGUUUUGUCUUGGCUUAGGGAUUCUUUGCGGUGCUGUUGGUUACUUGGGCUCUAAUCUGUUUGUAAGGAGGAUUUACCGGAACAUCAAAUGUGACUAG